AUCACCACCCACAAUAUAAGCAAUAUUAGCUACAACAGCGAAUAUCGAGGGUAACCGAGUGACUAAUUAAAAUGGCCAAAGCCAAAAAAACGAGAGGUUCCCAGCAUGGCCCUCGUGAUCGCGGUGUUGCAACGGCACAACGUACCAGGAAGAUGCACACGUUUGCGCGACUGAGCUCUUCAUCUACAGCUACAACGCCCUCGACCAAAAAGCCUCCUACGACGACGAAUAAGAAGCAGCACCGGCAGUUGCUGCAUUCUCGGCCUGUCAUUCCAUUUAAUAGGCGGGAUAGGAUUCUAUUAGUAGGUGAGGGCGACUUUUCAUUUGCGCGAUCUCUGGUGCUGCAUCAUAAAUGCAGGAACGUGCUUGCUACUUGCUACGACUCCAGGGAAACCCUGUUUAGCAAGUACCCGCAAGCAGAGGAUAAUAUCACGGCCAUCCUGGCCAAAUCCAAUGCGAAAUCCUCAUCAAAAGAAGAAGACGGAAAAGACGACACCCAUGACCAUGAAGACCACUCGGCACGGAAGGGGCCCAGGAUGCUUUUCUCAGUCGAUGCCCGCAAACUGGGCCUCACCGGCGGCGGCGGCAAAGAAGUCCGCUCGGGUCUCAUGACGCGCAAGCACGCUCGACCAGCCUGGAAGCAGAACGUGCAAAACGGCAAGAGCCCCGAGGGCGGACCCUGGGAUGUCAUCUGCUUCAAUUUCCCGCAUGUGGGCGGCAUCUCGACUGAUGUGAACCGGCAGGUCCGCUCGAAUCAGGAGCUGCUGGUGGCGUUCUUUAAAGCGUGUGUGCCUCUACUCUCGCUUGCAUCUGGGGAAGACGGCGCCAGUGACGAUGAAGACGACGAGGAUGAUUUCAGCGACUAUAGUAGUAGCAGUGCAGAGUCUAGUGAGGCUGACGAGGGUAAGGGUUCCUCGAAAGCAUCCUCGCCUCCUCCCAGAACGACAAAGAAGGACUCGGGCCAGAUCGUGGUCACGUUGUUCGAGGGCGAACCGUAUACACUCUGGAACAUUAAAGACCUGGCCCGACACGCCGGUCUGCACGUCGUGACCAGCUUCAAGUUCCCAUGGGCCUCUUACCGUGAGUAUUCCCAUGCGCGGACGCUUGGGGAGGUCGAGAGUAAACACGGUGGCAGAGGAGGCUGGAGGGGGGAGGACAGAGAGGCUCGUUCCUAUGUCUUUGGAGUCAAAGGCAAUAUAGGAGCGGCGGGUUCCUCUGAGAAGAAGAGGCGUCGGAACCAGUCGUCAGAUACUGAUAGCGAUUAA